AUGAAUUUUCUUGGUAUCGGACAUAGUGGGGCCAUAGAUAUUACCUUGAAUAAUCUAACCAAUCGAAAAUUGGUUGAGGUGAAGUCGGACCAACAACAGACAUGCUUUUUGCCUGUGUUUUACAAUGGUGAGAGUAUCUCCGGUCAAGUCACUAUCUCCUUGAAACGAGGCAGUAAACUAGAGUAUCAGGGUAUCAAAAUAGAGCUUAUCGGCUACAUUGACUUCUACUCCGAUCGAGGGAGUCGAGAUGAAUUUCUCAAUCGAACACAGGAGUUAGCUCGCCCAGGGAUUCUCUCUCAGUCAUCGACGACCUAUCCCUUCCUCUUUGAAAACGUGGAGCUGCCUUUCGAAUCAUACUCCGGUUCCAAUGUUCAUCUCAGGUUUGUUGAAGACAUUAUGUUCGUGUUGAUUGUGCAACUGUAG